AUGGAUAGCAUCGAAGUCGAACUUAUCACGGAUAUACUGCUUGAAGCCGGAUUCGCUCAGCUCUUACUGUUGCCGUUAUGGACGACCAUCAGUAAGCUUCAGUGGCUAUACUCCUCGGCCCUUGGUGUGGGUGCGCUCGUGGAUCUCUAUACAGCGGCAUCGUUGGUACUCCUGCUGCUUCGAAGUCGCGAGGAGAUCACGCCUCGCGGGUUGUCGAUGCUGAAUAAAGCUGUCAUGUAUAUUGUUGGCACAGGUGCCUUGACAAGCUUCAUUGCCAUCAGUGAUAUGAUACUUGUGCUGAGCAAUCCCGGUAACUUGAUUUUCUUCGGAGUCUUCUGCGUUUAUGUGUACGGAAACUCCUUGCUAGUAUGGCUCAACGCUCGCAGCCAUAUACGCAACGACUCAAGGGUACCGAGCCUUUCGAUCACCAGCGUCCGGUUCCAGCGAAGGACCCGCGAUACCUGUUUGAGUAUGGGCUCUACUCAGCUGUCCAGCGAAGGUGAUACGGCAAUGUCAUUCGGCUCUCAACGGUAUCUUCAGGAGCGGAGCACCCCCUCUUAG